AUGAGCCGCGUGGUCGCGGUGCUGCUGGGCGCCGCGCUGCUCUGCGCCCAUGGAGCCUUCUGCCGCCGGGUGGUCAGCGGCCAAAAGGUGUGUUUUGCUAACUUCAAGCAUCCUUGCUACAAAAUGGCCUACUUCCAUGAUCUGUCCAGCCGAGUGAGUUUCCAGGAGGCACGCUUGGCUUGUGAGAGUGAGGGAGGAGUCCUCCUCAGUCUAGAAAAUGAAGUAGAACAGAAACUAAUAGAGAGUAUGCUGCAAAACCUGACAAAACCCGGAACUGGAAUUUCUGAUGGUGAUUUCUGGAUAGGGCUCUGGAGAAAUGGAGAUGGGCAAACUUCUGGUACCUGCCCAGAUCUCUACCGGUGGUCUGAUGGAAGCAGUUCCCAAUACCGAAACUGGUAUACAGAUGAACCUUCCUGUGGAAGUGAAAAGUGUGUUGUGAUGUAUCAUCAACCAACUGCCAAUCCAGGCCUUGGGGGUCCCUACCUUUACCAGUGGAAUGAUGACAGGUGUAAUAUGAAGCACAAUUAUAUCUGCAAGUAUGAACCAGAGAUUACUCCAACAGUUCCUGUAGAAAAGCCUUCUCUUACAAAUAAACCAGGAGACACCCAGGAAAAUGUGGUUGUUACUGAAGCAGGCAUAAUUCCCAACCUAAUUUAUGUUGUUAUACCAACGAUACCUCUACUUUUACUGAUACUGGUUGCUUUUGGAACUUGCUGUUUCCAGAUGUUGCAUAAAAGUAAAGGAAGAACAAAAACUAGCCCAAACCAGUCCACAUUGUGGAUUUCAAAGAGCACCCGAAAGGAAAGCGGCAUGGAAGUAUAAUAAUCCAUUGUUUUGACUCCAGAAAAGAAAAUAAGAGUAUUCUAAUUCUGGAUCUGUACAAGGAAUGGCAACUGAACAUUAGUUUGGAAUGGCUUAAAAUCUCAAAGGAUUUGCAAGAUGAACUGUAAGCUCCC